AUGGAUCUGGAAAACUUCCUCGAACAAGUAAAAGACCCAGACUUGCGACAGAUAGUGCACGCUAUCGCUGAAGCUUCGGUUUCGAUUGAUCAGGUUCUGCGGAACGGAGUACAAGACGUCUCAUCGUCCGCAGUAGCGGCUGCUCCUGGACAGCAGCACAACGCUUUCGGCGACGCGCAGCUCUCCGAAGACCUCACAGCUGAUCAUCUUGCGCGAAGUCGUCUUCUGCAGGUUCCGUGCGUAUCGUACGUGAGCUCGGAAGAGAACCCCACUGAGCAGCGCGGGCCGGGGCACAAGUACGCCGUAGCGUUUGAUCCCCUGGAUGGCUCGUCGGUACUGGAGAGCAACUUCAGCGUCGGGUCAAUUUUCGGUGUCUGGCGGACAGCAGAACGAUUGGUUGGGUGCCAGGGACGCGAUAUGGUUGCCGCUGCGGUGACCCUGUACGGCCCACGUCUGGUGCUGGUGGUGGCAGUCGACCCCGGCCUCAUGUCGAGUGACUGGCCAGGCGGUGUUGCAUCCUUUCGCUGGACAACUUCGAACGACGCUCGCUGGCGACUGCUCAAGCAGUGGAGCCCCGACCUGUUGCGACACUCGAGCGCGUCGCUCUUCGCGCCGGGCAACUUGCGAGCAACGCAGGAACUGCCACCCUAUGAUCGUAUGGUGCGCUCCUGGAUCGAGUCACGCUAUACGCUGCGGUACUCGGGAGCCAUGGCACCGGAUGUCUUCCAAAUCAUCGCAAAGGGACAGGGCAUCUUCUGUAAUCCGAGUGUUCCGGGCAAGGCGAAGUUACGGCUCGUAUACGAGGCAUUGCCGUUGGCGUUUCUUGUCGAAGCCGUGGGAGGUCGCAGCUCGGACGGUAGUCGCACCUCGACGAGUCUGCUGGAUAAGCGUAUCACUUUGCUUAUAGAGCGGACGCCCGUCGUCCUGGGUUCACCGUCUGAAGUUCAACGCUAUAUCGAAGCGAUGAACGAGACCUGA